AUUUGCUGCAACGCAAUCCCAGCCAUCCCAUCCCAAACUCCCAGUAUUCCCGGCGUCCUGUACCGUUAUUCCUCCAUAUCUGAAGUGAAGUUGAAGCGCUGAUAUUAUGGGUGGAAGUCCAACAUGAACUGAAGUUUAUUUAUUUGCCCGUAAAGAAGCGCUGCGCGGUGUGCAGCAUUGCUGGACGGCGGCGUGGAUGUAGCGAUGGUGCUGGAUCUGGGUGAGAACUGCAUGGAGCAGGCUAACGGAGGAGGAGGGCUCGCAAAUAAUGUCUCCGAGAUGUUAGAACCAGAGCCCAGCACGGAGAAACCCAAACCAGUCCGAUCCAGGACCGGCAGCAUCACCCAAAGAGACAAAUCGACCCACAAUGGGCCACAUGCGCAGCCUUGUAUCGCUCGGGACGUUGGCUCCCAGGUUCAGCGAAGGCUCCAGAAGACGGACGGUGGAAACAAAGGAGAAACUGGGGAACCUUCCAAACAGCCACCGUGUCGAAGGCCUCUUAGUCUGGAAAUAAAACCACAGCGAAUUAGAGCAAUGCAGCCAGUUAGGAAGGUGAUUCAGCCACCGUGGCGAAGCGGAGGCCCUUCUCCACCCACGCGAAGCCUGACAAGUCUUAGUUUAGGGCCGGGAAACUGGCUUCGACGGAGCGAGAGCACAUGUACGGUGAGCUCCACGAUGCCUUCACGUUCUGCCAGGGGUCAAAUGAGACCUGCGACCUCUUUGCCACAUAUCGCCAGGGGCAUCGGACCCCUCCCUUCGCCUUCGACGCCUCGUGGGCCGUGCCUCCUUGUGGCUCUUCGUCCCACAAACCUGGAAGAGGAGCGUCAGACCUUUUUUCAGUCUGACUAUCAGUAUGAGCCUCAGUUUGAGUAUGCCUCUCCAGAGCCCAUCAGUGUUUUGGAGAAGUACAGAGAGGGCUCUGCUCUCUUUCUGUCCCAGGCAAUUGGGAUUAUGGAGUGUGUGUUGAGAAAGUAUGAGACCUAUGAAAACUUUGAAGAGGUCACAGGGGGAAACUUGCUACCGAAGAGUCAAGUGUGGGCCGCCACACGCAAGUACCUACAGAAGGAGGGUUGUGUCGGUGAGGUGGUUGUAAGUCUCUCUGAUGAGCUUCUGUCCCAGGCGGUAAUGAUGGUGGAGAGUUGUCGACCAACACUAACUAUUAACUUGUCAGGAGCACGCCAACACUGGCUCGAGGGCAUGCUUAGACACGAGAUUGGCACACAUUACUUGCGGGGUGUGAAUAACAGUAUGCAGCCGUGGGCCACUUCUGUCGGGAGAAAGCAGUUUGGCCUGAAACCAGCGAAUCCCACCGAAGAGGGUCUCGCGAGUCUGCACAGCGUGUUGCUACGGAAACAGCCGUUCCUGUGGCGAGCCGCUCUGCUGUACUACACCGUCCAUCACGCCGCGAGCAUGAGCUUCAGCCAACUGUUCAGCCACAUCGGACGCUUCGUGCGCGACCCAGCUGUGCGCUGGGAAUACUGCCUGCGUGCCAAACGGGGACAGACGGACACCUCGAGACCAGGUUGCUUUAGUAAAGAUCAAGUCUACCUUGAUGGAAUUUUAAGGAUUUUACGCCACAGGAGAAACAUUGAUUUUAAGAUAUUAACUGCUCUUGGAAAGGUUUCCUAUGAGGAUGUGGAGAGACUUCGGCAUUUGGCCGUUCUAAAGAGAACCAGGAUCCCUCACUUCAUGCAGGACGAAGAGCGAUAUCUUCAACACCUCGACCACAUCGUCACCGUGAAUGAACUGAGUGACGCGGAGCUUCAAGAGCUCAUUCCAUGAAGAUCUGAACCAGACACCAUUCACAAACCACCAAACCGUUUAAUCAGUCGUCUCCAAAAAUCAUAAUCAAAAAAAAAAAAAAAAAAA